GGGUUGGAGAGGGGUGAAGCUUCAGGUCCCGCCUCGGGCAUGAACAGUGACGUCACAUAUUUAAGGAUUCAGGGCUCCAAGCUGCACAGUUUCUCCACAGAGGAGUAGGAGCGGACCGGAGGACGCAUUCGCACCGGACUGGAUCGCUGAGAGAGGUUUAAAGACAAUGAUGGAGCUAAUGACUGCUACCCCUUUCUACCACCUCAACACGACAGAUGACAGUGGAAGAAAUGGCUCCUUGUACGAUGACGGCGACGAGUACGACUACAAGGACGAGCACGGUGAGCUGAGACAGUCUCUUAACAUCAUGUCCCUCAUAGUUUACUGCCUGGCCUUUGUCCUCGGUGUGCUCGGGAAUGGAGUGGUCAUCUGGGUGACUGGGUUCAAGAUGAAGAAAACGGUGAACACGGUUUGGUUCCUCAACCUCGCUGUGGCCGACUUCCUGUUCACAGCAUUCCUGCCCCUGAGUGUGACGUACACAGCUAUGGAUUUCCACUGGCCCUUUGGCAAGUUCAUGUGCAAGCUGAACACCACCAUAAGCUUCCUGAACAUGUUCGCCAGCGUCUAUGUCCUGGUGGUGAUCAGCGUGGACAGAUGUGUGUCGGUGGUUUGGCCAGUUUGGGCGCAGAACCACCGGAAUGUACAGAAGGCCUCCUGCGUGAGUUUGGGAGUUUGGGUGCUGGCGUUGAUUCUCAGCGCUCCCUACUUCAUCUUCAGGGACACCGGGCCAUCGUACCACAACGAGGACAUCAUCAACUGCUUCAACAACUUCGCCUUUUCCGAUGACUAUGAAACGCCGUCCGUGAACCGGCUGCGACAGUUUCGUCACCAGGCCAUGACCAUCACCCGCUUCCUCCUGGGAUUCGUUGUCCCCUUCACUGUCAUCGUCUCCUGUUACGCCAUCAUCAUCCACCGCCUCAGGAGAAACCGAACCCUGGCCAGCCAGUCCAGCCGCCCCUUUAAGAUCAUCGCCGCCAUCAUCAUCACCUUUUUCCUGUGCUGGGCUCCAUUUCACAUCAUGGGUCUUAUUGAGUUGGUCAACCACAUGGCUUAUUAUACAAGCGAAACACUGGAUCACAUCACCACUAUCGGGGUCCCCAUAGCCACCAGUCUGGCCUUCCUCAACAGCUGCCUGAACCCACUGCUGUAUGUGUUCAUGGGACAAGAUUUCAAGGAUAAAGUCCGCAAAUCCAUCCUGAAUGUACUGGAGUCGGCCUUCCAGGAGGAGGUGUCUCGCUCUUAUACCUACACAAACUCAAUGGUCACCAGUCGGAGCAAAGAGAAAUCGGUUUCUGAUGCUGAGGUGUGAGGUUAUCGACGACACCAAUGAACAAAUGCUUAAACUGUACAUAAUAGUAAAUGCAACUGUAUAUAACAACUAACUUUUUAAACUGUUAAACUGUUUGUUUUUUUGUCAUUCAAAGAUCCUCAAGGCAAUCUCUUCCACUUGACAUGAGGGAAGGACUUCAUCUGUUACAAUUUGACUGGUCAGAUCUAAAGUAAAGUGUUUCAAAAAAGGGGAAAUAACUUUAUACAUACUUCCACCAACAAAUCCAAAUUGAGCAACCCAUAGUGCUACUUUAUUCUAAUGAGUACGUGUGGCGCUUCUUUAUUGUGCAUUUGUGUUUUCAGUUGCACUAUGUUAGACCUAUUCGAUACCAUUUUUUUUCAAGAAGGGAAACCUAAUUUUGAAAUCCUUAUUUAUGAUUCAUUUGUUCAACACAAGCAGCAUGAAGACCACAUUUAGUUGAUUAAGAGAACUUAAAUUGCGUGCACUCCACGUGUUAAUUGCCAUCGUCUUGCCUGUGCAUGACGGAAAAGAAAAUGAUUCAAGUGCCAGUUACGCAAAGGGCAUAACUGUGGGUUUUAUUGAUUGUGUUUUGGCACAUCACCUAAAAAAUAUGUGAUUAAGGAGGUUACAGAAAGAACACGAUGCAUUUCCUGCUGUUCAGUAUAGCAGGCUGUACAUGUAAUGUACAAGAGAGAUCUCCAGUGUGAAAUAUUGUUGCCCAUUCACCACAAACAGGCUCAUACCAAGCUAACUUCCCCUUUUUCACCCACUGAUCCCACUUUGGCAAAAGUGGGCACAUGCCACUUCCCACAAAGCCCAUCUUUGUGUACAUUCAGUUUAUAGAUUCCAUAUGCUGUAAGAAGCACCUGUUUGCCAUCAAUCCUGCCAUCUCUAACAGAAUUCUUUUAGAGCUGAUUGUUGACUGCCACAUGUCUGUUGCAUGCUUUGCUAAACAUGUUGUUUACAUUUGUUAUUAAGCAUAAGGACAGUCUAAUGUAAUCCCAGUUAAUAUGUAUGAUAGUGACUAUACGAUUAUUGUGCUUAAAGCAGCAGCUGCAUUGUACAUUUAGUUUACUUUGAUCUUUUGAUGUAUUUUUGCUCCUUUGAAAGGCUGCCAGAGCAGUGAGGGGUUAAUGUUUGUGACCUUUACACUAAACGCAUGCAUGUUGUGCUAUAAUCCAAGAAUUUUGUGUUCUCAAAGAUAUUCAGGUUAUUGUCAAAAAAAGACAUGGAGGAAACACCAAUUGUUCUCAUUUUAGAAACAGGAAUUAGCAGUUUUUUUCAUAUUUUUGCCUCAAAAUGUCACUCAGGAAAUCAGCUAGUUAUCAAAAAUGUUGGCGCAAUUUUUUCUCAACAGAGAAAUGAAAAUUAAUGGGAAAAAGGCAAAAAAAAAAAAAAAAAAAGACCCCCAGCAAUUCUUAUUUUAGAAAUAGAAAUCAGUGGAUUAUUAAUUUUUUUUUUUUUUUGCCUAAAUAUACUCUGGAAAUCAGUCAGCUUCUUUCCAAAUCAUUUUCUCUCAACUGAAUAAUGAAAACAAAAUUUAAAUAUUACAAGACUGCUAUUAUCUAAGAAUUUAGAAUUCCAAAGAUACUCUUGUUAUUGCUAAAAAAAAUCUAUUUUUUUUUUAAAAGGCGGUUUUUAAAAUUACCACUUAUUCUCAUUUUAGAAGCAGAAAUCAGCUGAUUUUGUUAUUUUUUCUCUAAAAAAAAUGUACUCAGGAAAUCAAUUAACCUUGUGCCAAAUUAUUUUCUUUCAAUUGAAUAUUGAAAAUUGAUUACAAAAGCUAUUGUAGAAUUGUUAUUAUUGAAGAAUGGUAUCAUCUCAAUGAUAUUCAAGAGUUAUUGUCAAAAAAGAAAAAUUGAUUGUUCUCAUUUAUAAGCAGAAAUCAGCAGGUUUUUCAUGUUUUUUGCCUCAGAAAAUUAACUCAGGUAAUCAAUCAGGUAUCAAACUUGCUGCCAAAUUAUUUUUUUCUCAACUAAAUAAUAAAAAGAAAAGAAAAAAACAUAUAACACUUUUGAUGUAUGUGGUAUAUCAUUGUAUAGCAUGAACCUCUCUAUACAGGGUUAAAUCUAAUGUAUACAAUGUAAAUGAUAUUUUUUUACGUAGCCACAGGGCCCACUUUAAUAAGAGUCUAUAACCAGUAAUAAUGAUGAUGACUGUUAUUAUGGUUCUUGCUGUAACCAUUAUUCCCGUUAUUAAAAUAUUUUUGGACUUAA